UCGCCACUAGGUACACACAAUCUGUUAAUUUUCCCCACCAAAAAAAGUCCGUAACAUAACUGGGCCACUGUUUAGACUUUCGUUUCCAGUCCAUAAUAUCUUAGUUCGUGACAUAACCAAUUAAAUUGUUUUCAAAGAAUUAUUUUCGACGUCGCCGUCGCGCGUUGGCGUUAUAAUUUGUUUAGUUUUACUCUCAUUCGUUUAUUAAUUUCUGAUUAUCAGGUGAUAAUUUUUGUAAAAUAAAAGUUAUCAGCUGAACAUUUUUAAUUAUUUGACGCAAACACGACAGUGACCACGAUGGUAAACGGUUUGUAUUCGUCCGCGGUUUUGACACUGGUCCUGUUGAUCGCGGCCUGUCAGUGGGUGCCGCUGGCGGAAGGCGCCAGAAUAUUGGCCGUACAAACAGUCGGAGCCAAAAGUCACUGGAACUUCAUGAGCGAAGUGCUCCGAUCGUUGACGGACGCCGGUCACAGUGUUACCGUGUUCACGCCGUUUCCAGAUGGCGAUCGGGAAAACUAUACGGAAGUGGACAUGUCGAAAGAAUUCCCAGUGAAAAGAGAUCUGAAUCUGGAACGGAUAAUGGAGAUAUACAGCCGACCGGUCACCUACUUCUACAUGUUGACAGUCUUGGACAGCAUGUGCUGCGAUGCGGUCUACAGAAACCGAGAGUUCGACAAGCUCGUACAUGGCGGUGGUGAUGACUCCGACUGGAAGUUCGACUUGAUCAUCAUGGAACCUCGGUCCCUAGACUGUACGUCGUACUUGGCAAACGCGUUAAACUUGCCAAUUAUAUAUACGAUACCGACACCCAUGAUGACUGUCGCCGAACGUUCUUUUACCGGACACUUAUCGAACCCCGCUAGCGUCUCGCAUAUUAUGGCAUUACAUGCUGUGCCCAAAACAUUCGUCCAGAGGUUCGUCAAUGUGGCCUUGUUGGUGUACAGUACGCUGAGGACGAAGUAUGAUGGUUGGAUUAUGAAAAUGACUUAUCCUAAGCGGUACCAAUUGUCACCAAAAGUAAACCCGGCAGUUAUCUUUCUGAACAGCCAUUAUAUAACCGAAGCUUCGAGGCCCGUACCACCUAAUCUCAUCGAGGUAGGCGGAAUACACUUGAAACCUAAAAGUAAAAUACCAAAAGACAUAUUAGAUUUCAUCGAUGAAUCACCAAACGGUGUAAUUUAUUUUACAUUUGGUUCGACUGUUAAGCUAUCGACGUUACCAGUACAUAUCGAAAAAACAUUUAAACAAGUAUUUAAUAAUGUUUCCCAGAGAGUUUUGUGGAAAUACGAAAGCGAAAUGAAGGACAAACCGGACAACGUGAUGAUAAAAAAAUGGUUUCCUCAACGAGAUAUACUAUUGCACCCGAAAGUCAAGUUGUUUAUUAGUCACGGUGGUAUAUCCGGAUUGUAUGAAGCAGUAGAUAGUGGUGUCCCUGUACUCGGAUUUCCUUUGUUCUAUGACCAGACGAGAAACAUAGACAAUUUAGUUAACGCCCGAAUGGCAAUUGCCUUGGACCUGAUGGCUGUCACCGAAGAAGUGUUAUUAAAUGCAAUAUCGGAAAUCAUCAAUAAUGAAAAGUACACCAUAAAUGCAAAAAUCACUUCCGAACGAUUCAAAGAUCGACCGAUUACACCACAACAAUCGGUGGUAUUUUGGACUGAGUAUGUCAUUCGUCAUAAAGGUGCACCACAUUUGAAAUCUCACGCCUUGAACUUGACGUGGUAUCAAUAUUUUCUAUUGGAUGUGAUUUCUGUAAUAUUAAUUUUUACUUCUCUGGUCUUGUUUAUUACUUAUAAAGUAUUAAAACUUAUUUGCAAGUACGCAUUGAAAUAUAAACACAGCCAUAAAGUUAAGUCAGCAUAGCCAAUUUUUUUAGAAUAUCAUGUUAUUGGAAAAAAUGAAAUAGCUUAAUUAAUUUAUUACAACAAAAUUGGUAUUUUUUUUAUAUAUUGAUUUGUAAUUUUUUGAAUUAAGAAACAAAUCAAAUAAAAACCCUUGAUCUGUAAA